AUGUCCAGCCCUUGGGCUUUCAUGCGUUCCAACGCACGAAACUCGCUCGAAUUCGAGGAGGCUCUUGCUACCAGGUUGCCCCCUGUGUUUAUGUGGGUAUUUCGCCUCAAAGAGCUUGUCCUCAGCCAGACCAGGGUAUUUGUAACUCGACUUGUAUUGUUUGGCGACAGAGAGUUCCUGGAGCCCCUUGAGAUGAUGUGCACUAUGUUCCUGUAG